UUCUCUUAGCUUCUUCUCGAUUUCUCCGGGAUUACGAGGAAAUAACUGAAGAAGCGGAUUCUGUAACUUAUUCGUUUCUGAAAUCCGUUGUGGGUGCCGGUUGAAUUAGGGUUUCGUUUGGGGAUUUGGAGUUUUUUGGCGGAAUUUAGAUCAAUCCGAGGGAAAGAUGAACAAAGGCAGCUUCAAGUUGGAUCAUGACUUCGAGAAGAGGAAGGCUGAGGCUGCAAGGAUCAGGGAGAAGUACCCUGACAGGAUCCCUGUAAUCGUGGAGAAGGCGGAGAAAAGCGACAUUCCAAACAUCGACAAGAAAAAGUACCUCGUCCCGGCUGACCUGACGGUCGGCCAAUUUGUUUACGUUAUUCGGAAGAGAAUCCAACUGAGCGCCGAAAAGGCUAUCUUCAUAUUUGUAGACAACGUUCUUCCUCCCACAGGGGCGAUAAUGUCGACGAUCUACGACGACAAGAAAGACGAAGACGGGUUCCUCUACGUCACAUACAGCGGAGAGAACACGUUCGGGUUCCCGGUUGAUCUAUGAUCUGAUAUAAAUCGAAACUCGGAAAUCCUCUUUGGAAUAAUGGGAAAUCAAAAGACGCAAUUGUUCAAAGGGGUGUUAGUGUAAAUACUGCAUGGAUCCUUGCAUGUGCAUGUUUCAUAAGUACUUGAUCAUGUUCCUGAGACGGUCUGACACUUCGUAAAUGUGUGUAAUAUUCUGUUUCAGUGGUUGUUUUCAUCGUCAGUAAGCAAUGAAUGGCAUGAUUUCCUUGCUUCAUAAA